GUGAUUUCACAGCACCAAACGCCACUGGUGUACUGCGGAAAGUCAGUAGUAUUCAUAGCAAAUAAUCAGAGCUUGCGACUCGCUUGACUAGCGCCGGUCCAGGUCCCGCCAACAGGGAGCGACGCUUGUGUUAUGACUACUGGCUUUACGUUGAUUUCCAUAUAGAUCAGCAAACGUGCCUUGAAAGCGGGUUUACUGAGUUCCUGAACUAAAGACGAUGCGGUCGUCACUUCCAACGAGCGGCGUUGGCCAGGCCAGCACCUCUGGACGAAAUGCAUCAUUAAAACCCUGGCCGGCAGUGCAGCCGCGCCUAAGAGCACCGACUCUGCCUGGCCAAAGUAGCCUGGCCGGGUCCGAAAGUCUCCGCGACCGUUCGGGGCAUCGUAGCGUCCACGCCAGGGCCACGGCGCCCGGGCCAGGGUCCUCCACGAAGAAGCAGGUCAAGGCGCCGCCCACGGCGCCGGCUCCCAGCAGCGCCUCCGUGGCCUCCCGCGUCGACAUCACAGCCGCAUCCACAGGGCCUGCAGCCGCAGCCACGCAGACGACCGAGGCCGCCGCGGCUUCCGGACCAACAGUGUUGCAGCCGCUGUCGCAGCCGAAGCAGACGCAGGACGACGUGCUGCGCCGUUCCGAUGAGCGCGUGCGGCGGCUCACCACACUGGUGGAGACGCGGCGCCUGUACCGCAACCUCAUUCGUGCGCAGCACCUGCUGGGGCUAGCAACGCCGAUCUACGUCGCCCCGCCGCCACCGCCAGAGGUGGACACGGAUGCGGAGGCUGCGCAGGCCAGCACCAGCGCAGCGGCCGCGACGGGCUUGAGCUCGGCGGCGGGCUUGUCGGGCGGCGAGGAGUCAGGCGAGGGGAGCGGUGAGCGCGCGGGCACGGCGUCUACGCGGGGGCCCAGUGCGGAGGAGGACAAGGCGCUCAAGGGGGCGCUGGAGAACGCGGCGGAGAUGGCACUCGUGGCGGAGCAGCUCAAGGCCGGGUUGCGCUCGCUGCCGGUGGGCUUUGGCAGCGCGAUCUUCUCCGGCGCCUUGGCGUCCUCGAGCGAGGAGCGCGUGCGGGCAUUGGUCCGCCAGGUGGCCGCGGACCUGCGGGACCGCCUGGCAGCGGAGCUGCCGCACAUCCCCGUGAGCGGUGACGGUGCGCUGCACUACAUUGAGGCGCGUAACGCCAAGUACAGCCGCCGUGUGGCGCUGGACGAGCUGCAGGGCGGCGGCAGCGGCGGCGCGGGGGCGGUCGCCAACGGCAGCAGCGCGGCGGACAUUCCGGGCGUGUCGCCGCGCAAGUCGGCCCUGGAGAGACUGGAGGCUGCUGAGCGGGUGGCGGGCGAGAUCAUCGCCAACAACAUCAAGCCGGCGCUGAAGAAGGCCAGUGAGCAGGACUUCCUGGAGGUGGUCAAGGGCACCAGCUCGUACCUGCGCGGCCUGUGGGUGCGCCUCAACGGCGGCAGCCCCAUGCACCCAGCCGGCCUGGCGGCGCAGCGGGCGGGCCUGGACCUUCCCAUGCCCGUGGGCAGCCAGGAGCAGAGCGAGCUGGCCAUCAGCCAGCUGUCGCUGGAGCUAGAGGGGCUGGAGAAGAAGCUGCAGGACGCGUCCAAGACCCGAGAGAAUCGGUUGCGCAAGGCGGGGCUGCAGGACCGCGUGCAGGUGGCCAUCCAGCUCAAGGGCUUGGACGCGCAGGUGCUGCACCUCAGCUCCAUGCUGGCGGUGCGCACGCUGCAGCUGGAGAUGGAGCACAUCUUUGGCAGCCUGGAGGCCGAGGCGCUGGACUUCUUCAACGGUGUGCAGCAGGGAGGCCUGCUGGCCCGCGACGGCUCCACCAACGAGCUGGCGCUGCUGGUGGCGGAGUUCGCCUGGCUGGACGAGCAGCUCACACUGCUGGCGGCGGCGCUGCAGGCGGGCGGCGAGGGGCCCAGCAACACCGCGGGCGCACCUGCCAGCCACGGCGCGCCGGCGGGCACAGCAGGCGCUGACGCGGCUGCAGCGGUGGUGAUGGGCCCGGCGCUCAUCAAUGACGAGGUGCUGGGCAAGCUGGCGGCGGAGAUUCCCGACAUGCGCAUGCGUGUCGGCGUCGCUGACCAGACGGUGUUCGGCGGCCAGGGUUUCAGCCUGACCAAGGCCCGGCUGCAGCUGCGCGAGUCGCUGGACAAGGUGAAGGAGGCGGUCAACUUCCUCACGCGCGGCUUCAAGCUGUUGGGCAGCGACGUGAACACCGGCGUCCGCCUCUUCCUCAAGGCAGCGCUGGGCAAUGUGCUCAAGCCGCGCGAGGUGUCGGCGCUGCGGCGCACCGCCCGCGACCUGCUCACCUUCAUUCCCUUCACCAUCAUCCUCAUCAUCCCACUUUCGCCACUGGGCCACGUGCUGGUAUUCGGCUUCAUCCAGCGCUACUUCCCCACCUUCUUCCCCUCCCAGUUCUCCAGCCGCCGCCAGGAGAUCAUGGUUAGGUAUGAGGAGCUGGAGCGGCAGCUGCUGGAGGCGCAGGCCAACGCCGAGGCCGCGGAGGAGGAGGUGGAGCUGGCGCGCGCGCGGGAGGCGGUUGCGCGCCUGACCGCGCCCGAGUCGGCGGCGCCGGUGCUGCUGGGCAGCGCUGUGGCGGCGGCGGCGGCAGGCGCGGCGGUUGACAGCGGGGCCGUGCCAGGGGCGGAUGGCGGCCUCAACGGCAUUGCGGGCGGCACUGGCAAGUCCGGCCGGGGGUCGCCGGCAGCGGUCAAGAACUCGGCCACAAGCGUGAGCAUGAGCAGUAUAGACGAGGUGACACUGCAGGAGGCGACACAGAAGGUACGCAUCCUGUCGGAGCAGUUGGACACCAUCCGCGACGAGGUUGACCUGCCGCACAGCGACGGCCCCGAGCAGGGGCAGGCUGAACAAGACGGCGGCAGUGGCGGCCGUGGCAGCGCAAACUCGGCAAGCCGCAAGCAAGCGUAGGGUGUCCUACAAUACGGUAGAGAGACAGAAUCCGGACAACUUGAGGGUGCGUGCUACUGACUUGCUAUCCCACUGGAGCGUGCUGGUGGAGGCAUGCCACAAGCCGCGGUUGCGUUUUGAGUUGUCGGCGGCAAGAGUCCAUAUUGCGUGUCGUUCUUACUAUUCUUAGUCGUACUGCCCAGUUUUGUGACUUCCAUGAUACCCACGGCAGAGAGUGGUGUUGACGCGGCGCGACGCCAUGCAGGCUGCCGCCCGUUGGCCACGUGUACAAGAGUCGGCUGCCGCAACAAGUUUUGUGACUCAGAUUGGACGCCUGCGGUAAAGCACAUACAUAACAAGCGGUCGAACUGUAAGAAGGAAAGGCAGGAGCGAUGGGUCCAAAGCGUGCCAGUAGGGGCGCUGUGUGGGAACAGGAAGAUGCGAAAGCCUGCGGCGCACACGCGCGGCAUGGCGGUUGAGGUUGCACGCAAAGUAUCUUAUGCAUACUGCAUUCACGUGCACGCUAGCCUGGAACUACAGCUCGAAGGGAACGCUGCAGUAAUGCGGAUUGGAUUUGGAGAGGAACUUAAUAUGCGUGCUGCAAAUACCUAACAUGUUUGACGUACUGGGCUGUUGCCCCCACAGUUGCUGGGUAUGCGCCAUGCAGCCCAUGCGGCGCAGCGGAGGGGUCCAUCACGCGCUCGGUACGCUGGUGCAGCAUGUCUGUAAAUGAUGUCUACCCG